AUGCCUCACGCCCACCAUGCCAAUUUACAUCACCCGAAUCAACGGGACGUCGUGCCGGUCCAUCGGCUGCCGCUGCUGAUGUCGAGUACUGAUUCGACUCCGGCUCUGUUCGCAAGAGCUCCGCAGCCUUCGACAACGUCCGAUUGUGCCCAUGGAAGCAACUGUACAAAGCCCGAGAGCGAGUUGACCACAACGGUCCUGCCGGUUGUACUCGGUGCAGGUGUGCCCCUUUUAUGUGCCGCCGUCGUCCUUUACUUGCUUCACCGAAGAUCGGUCCGGAAAUUGAAGCGUGAGGAUAUCAAUGACAAGUAUAAGUCGCUUGACUUUGGGCUAGAUCCAGUGGUGUCGUCGCAAGGAAGGAGAAUGCCUGGACCGCAGGGACCGAUGCCCCCCAUGGCCCACAGCAAGGGAUUGUCGUUGGAUAUCAUGCAUCCGUAUCUGCUGCCCCCCGGUAUGCACGGCUCUACAGAUUCACUGCAUUCGCUGUCCCGGACGGUGACCGGAGAUGACGAUAAAUACCGCCCGGCUACGAUCUUCACGCAUGACAAUGGCUCUGUCCGCUCAUUCCCUCGAACCACUCGAGAUGAUGGAUCUAGCACGAUUGGUUCCACCCAUCGACUGCCGGUCGAGGAGCCCAAAUCGGCUCUGCUACGGAACGCCCAGCGAAUGUCGCGCUCGUCUCCCCCGCUCUACAACAAUCCCUCCGCCUCACCCGGGCCAGACGGCCCUCCGCCUCGCCCUGAGUACCCCGAAACGACCCCGGGAGUAGCCCCGUACCCCCUGGACCGUGACGAACUCAAUCUGGCCGUCGGUGCUACUGCUGCUACCACGGCCUAUGCAGAGGAGGAGGAAAGCAAGAGCCACGACCACGCCGAUGAACUCCAUAUUCCUUCUCUCCCCACCCCGACUAUCCAUGUUGAGACUGAGGCCGAGCUGUGCGGAGCAGAGAACAAUACUACUCUUCAUGAGGAGCGGCUCAACUUCCCUCUUCCUGAACCAGUGCCCUCUCCGCGUGACUCUGAUCUGUCCGACCAUGUCCAAACUUCCACGACACAACUGCCCCGGAUUUCCUUGCCUUCAAGCGAUGUGACCAGUGACUACGGAGAAGAUCACCGACAAUCGGAAUUCACGAUCCCUGCGGUGAACAUCUCUGGCGAACAGGAGCACCACGAUGCGACUCCUCUGGCCGAGGUGCCAGAGGAGCCGGCCCAGAGCCAGGAUCUGGACCUGGCCUACGACAACCGCCGUGACACCCGCCGUUUGACAAUGGGCCUGCGUCCGCUUCCCCCGGAUGAUCCGUCUGAGAAUCCGGAGCAGCGUGCCAACCGAAUCCGAUCCUUCUACAAGGAGUACUUUGACGACUCCAAGGCCGGGGGCCGGGAGACUCAAUACUACGAGGACUACGAUGAGGAGUACUGGGAGGGGGACGGGUUUGUCUACGACCCGGUCACUGGUGAAUACUUUGAUGCCGCACCUCCUAUGGCUCCGUACGCGGAGCCGAUGCCUCGCCGUGCCAUGACGCCGCCGCCGCGUGCACCACCGCGCUUCCAGGGAGGGGGCCGUCAUAUGGCGAGCAGCUCCGUCGGCUUCGGUGGGUACGCUCCUGGUCCGCGUGCGUUCUCGUCGGCCUCUGGACGUCUCCCCGGUGCUCGUGGACCACCUCGCAAGCCGAUGCCGGUUCCCUCACCGCUGCAAAACCUGCCCACUCCUCAUGCGCUGAAGGAUGAUGCGUUCAUGCAUGGAAUUGAGUUUGCACCGGGCAAAAACUACCGAGACCAACGUGAGGGACGCCCAGACACUCCCACGGGAGGACUUCGACCGUUCAGCCCGGCAAUUCGCGCCCACACUCCGCUGGCCUCUCCAUUUGACGAGCUUGCUCCAAUGCCCAGCCCCCAUGCAUUGCGCAAGUCUGGCACCUACACCAACCUGGACUUUGCGCCGCCGCCGCGAUUCAAGAACCAGGACACGGGCAGCGACGCCGGCAGCAUCCGCAGCGCCCGGACGGGCAUCUCGACCGCGCACAUGAACAACAUCCGCAUGGGGGCCUACCGCGUCAGUCGGCUGCCACCCGAGAUGGUAGGCACCAGGGACGACCUGAUGACGAGCCUGAAACCGACGUGGGACAUGUCCAGGUAG